AUGGACGAGAUGCAACGUCAGCACUUGCGCAAACGUCUCGAAGAUGAAGGAUUCAGGGCCUUUCCGGAAAAACUGAUCAAGAUCGGUGACUUUGACAAUAAAAGUAUCGCCCCUGAGGACAUCGAAAAGGAAAUAAGGAAAGAUGUUACCACUAAGUUAUCUGAGACCCUAAAGGUUCGAGUCAAGUUUUCCGAAGCAACGUCUAAUCUGAAGCAAGUCCUGGAAGAGUGGAUUGACCCACCAAGGCGUAAAGCAUUACAGCAGCAGGAACGCAUUCACAUCAGCGAUCGACUUCUGAAAGAGGGUUUCAUUGAUUUCUCACUUGAAGUUAUGUUGGGUCUUAAGCCAAGGGAGCCCCUCAAUGCUACGCAGAUUAACUCAAAAUCUUCCACUCCUGGUUUCAGUCAAGGUUCUUCAAAAAUCGAAAGAUUCAUGCAAGGUCAGGAGAUGAUAGGUCCUAGAGGAGAUGAAUCAUUCAUUUGAUUUCUACAAGCAAUUAGUAGAAAUCAAAUGAUAAGAUGGUAAAUCCCAAGGUGUGUGACAUAAUAUCAAGAUAGACUGAUUAACGAGUAUGGAUUUUCAAUAUCACGUGGGUCACGGCAUUGUGGGGGCACCAGCAAAUUUUUUUAAUCACUGAGUGAGCGCGCGAAGCGCGAGCU